GAGCAGAUCUCUCCACGACGCUCCACCGGUGCACCACGGGGUACGCAUUCAAACUGACCAGCGCGUCUCUGUGAGCUCACACACUGUCCUCUCUCCACAUCCAUCACCGAGCAGCUUCACUGCAGUUGACCGCACGAGCCGGUGUCAGGCAGCUGCAGAGAAGAGGAAGAAGAAGAAGAGGAGGGAGGAGGUGAUGUUCUCUAUCAGCUCACUGUGACCAUUCAAUCAGCGAGGGUUUGAGCCUCUCCUCGGGCCUGGACUAUCUGCCCCACUAUCUUAAAGCAAAAGGAACGAGCAGCUAACCUUCCUGACCUGACGCCUCACUCUCUUCCAGUCCCCACUGCCAUGGCCUUCACCUUGUCAGAGAUCAUGGCGGCGAGACGGCAGCAAUCUCAGGCUCAGUCACAUGCCCAGCGAGGCAACAGGACGGCGGUGGAAGUGGAUGAAUAUAGCACCAACCCCACUCAGGCCUUCACCUUCUACAACAUCAACCAGGGACGCUUCCAGCCGCCGCACGUCCACAUGGUGGACCCAAUGCCCCACGACACGCCCAAGCCGCCUGGCUACACCCGCUUCGUGUGCAUCUCAGACACUCACUCCCGCACCGACAGCAUCCAGAUGCCAUAUGGAGACGUGUUCAUCCACGCUGGAGACUUCACCGAGCUUGGGCUGCCCUCAGAGGUCAAGAAGUUCAACGACUGGCUAGGUACCCUGCCCUAUGACAUCAAGAUAGUAAUCGCCGGAAAUCACGAGUUGACCUUCGACCAGGAGUUUAUGGCUGACCUGAUCAAGCAGGACUUCUACUACUUCCCUUCUGCCUCCAAGUUGAAGCCUGAGAAUUAUGAGAACGUCCAGUCGCUGCUCACCAACUGCAUCUAUCUGCAGGACUCUGAGGUCACUGUGCGGGGCUUCAGAAUCUACGGCUCCCCCUGGCAGCCUUGGUACUAUGGCUGGGGCUUCAACCUGCCACGGGGUCAGGCUCUGCUGGACAAGUGGAACCAGAUCCCUGACAACACAGACAUCCUGGUCACACACUGCCCCCCACUGGGUUUCCUGGACUGGGUCCCAAAGAAGAUGCAGCGUGUUGGGUGCAUGGAGCUGCUCAACACAGUCCAGAGGAGAGUCCAACCCAAAUUACAUGUGUUCGGACACAUUCACGAAGGUUAUGGCAUGAUGACAGACGGCACCACCACAUUCGUCAACGCCUCAGCCUGUACUGUCAACUUCCUGCCCAUGAACGCUCCCAUUGUCUUCGACCUUCCAAAUCCCAGGACCACAUGACUAGAGGAAGCUCGCCCCCAGUCACCUGCCGCCAAUCAAGAGAAAGGAGCCAGGAGAGGUAGGUGAGGUCGGUGGGCAGAGCAGAGCACAUUCUGUAAAUAUAAGGCAGCCGUGUGUUUAACGCGACACAUAUGCUACAUGCCUGGAGACGGAGCAGACUCGGUGAGGGACGCUCCCUAACGCUAUUAAUGUUAUUCUAUGUGCCAUCAUUUCUUCAUCUCAACACUGAGUCUAAAAGCAGAGAAAUGGACGAGCAAAGAGACGCUUUUAGAUGCAAACAACGGAUAUUUCUCUGUCCUCUUUUACUGCACUGACAAUCUGAUGUGGCUCUCAGACAGACAAAAAAGACACCCCGACGUCCCUGUUGGCCUUUUUCACUUCAUUUAAAUGAACUGUAAACAUUUGGACUCAAAGUGAAGCAACCCAACGCCUCAUCAACAUGAGAGUUUUGGUUAAGGCACAACUCAACAGCAGAACAUUUGCCUGGGGGAUUGUAACACAACUUUCCUCCCUUCCCACUUUUAAACAUUAAUUUCCUCAUUUCUCCCCCUCCAUCUUCCGCCUGUUUCUCUCCUCUCCUCGGGCCUGCAGCAUUAUGGAGUGUGUUCUUUUUGCCAGCGUGUGUGUGUGUGUGUGUGUGUGUGUAUGUGUGUGAGAUCAAAGUGAGUGUGUGAGGGCAGCAAGAGGUCUCUGCCAGGGGCUGUGUGAGUCGGGGUGUCAAACAUGUUGACACCACUCCCCUGGGCCUCAUUACAGCCCUCAUAAGCCUCUUAACCGGGAGAGAGGAGGACACUGAGGAAACUGCGCGCAGCACUUCCCUCCAUGCAGCUCCCCUUUCACCUUUUCUCCUCUUUUUCAUUUCUUCCUCCCUCUCCAUCCUUCAUGCUGUGAAUGAGUAGCACAGCUUUUCUGCACUGACUGAAAUUCCGAGCUUUAAGGACUUGGAAAAGACAGCAGGUAACACGCGACGUAAAGGUGCUACUUCUGGACAGUCAUUCUGAGCUGUGGUGAUUGUUUCAAGGACCCUCCCUCGUGUUGGGAGCGAUGGGACAUUUGAUCCUUUAUCAAGAGGAGUAAAGCUGUAACUACAUGUACUGUAACUGGUCUAUGUAAAUGUUCUCUGUCAAUGUAAAGAAAAAAAACUUGAAGAUUUCUUGAAGAUUUCCAAGUUGUUGCUAUGCUUUUCAAAAAAAAAAAACCUUGUUAAUAUUUGUGGUUGUUACAUUUCCUUUGGUCUAUUUCUUAGUAAUGUAAAUGCUUAUUAUGGUAUUUCCUUCUCUGUGAAGCUGCUCGGCCCCAUUUGGUGAUUAUUAACUCUUUCAUGUCCCUUAGCAGUUUGUCUGUGUUUAAAAAAAAAAAGAAGAAAAAAAGCCUUUCAUUUUUUUUCCUUUGCUCUAUUUUCUGAAUAAGGCCGUUCUCAGUGAGAGUCUGAAUGUGCUUAGCAUAACAAGACCACGUCACACUUUGAUCUUCCUGCUCUCCGACAUUAUGUAUGAACGUUCCCUGGGGCUGCAGUUUACUCCCACUUCACUCCAGCUUCCUCAGCACAUCAGCAUUCAUUGUGCCAGCUGAUGUCUUAAUGUUUCCAAAUAGGCAAAAGAGGAAAGAGCAGCAGAAUUGCUCACCAAGAAAACCAGUGUGUAUGGAUAAUGGUGGGAGGUGCGAGCAUGAACGUUGAUGCCUGAGUGUCUGUGCGUGUUAUGUUAUCGUUAAUGUGGAGCAGUUUAAGUUUUAAGCCCUGAAAUUGAGACAUUGUGUUUGAUCCUCAUGUCUUCAAGGUUUAGAGUUAGAAUUAGGUUCAGAAUAAAGAUCGAGUUUAAGGUGUGGUGUACCAGGUAGAGUAUGGGAACUGCAGCUUAAUAAAAAACAGGCAUAUAGAGACAUGUAUUACCCAAUUUAAUAACACAUGCAUUUGGUGGUUAAUUUGCACAUUUUAAAAUCCUUGAACACAGAAGAUGCUGGUCUGACAGUUGAGGAUCUGAUAACAUGGUCACAUGGUCUGAUAACAUGGACAAUAAAACCAUGAGGAUGAAAAAUGUAGAAACUUUUCAGAUGAAUGAUGACACAUAUUCAAUCAGAACUCUUGUCCUUGUCCAUUUCAAGAUGUUGUACCACCCACAGGAGAUGAUUGUAGUAGACCUACAGACACCCUAAAUCUCCAGCAAUACUAGGUGCAAGCAGUCAGAAUGCACCCAGUCGCUGGAAGUUUUUCACAUGCACAUUUCUGCAAACCACAGAUAUCUUACAUUAUUUUGUGGAAAAUACGUUGAAACUUAAAAUUUCUUAAUAGCACUGUGGUUAACAUGUGGUUGGGUUCCAGCACAAAAACCUUUUAGUUGUGGUUAGGAAAAGAUCAUGUUUUGGCUUAAAACACUCACGUUUGGUGGCAUGAAAACUGCUGAAAAAGCAGGGCUGGGAAGGCAAAUAACGCCCAGGUUUGGUGACUCAGUGCCACUGGGAAAUGCCACACUACUCGCACAGUUCCAUGACAAUUGAGAUAAUCGACUGAUUGUUAGUACAACUAAAUCUGGUCCUUUAAAAUACAUGUAAAUAUGUUAGCCCAACUGCAAUCAUACUAAACUGAAUUUCUCAAAGUCAGACUAACACACCAAGAUAUUGGGCCUCAUUCACUAAUAUCAGCGCAGAAAUGUUCUUACUCAAACCGCAAAAAAAAUAAGUACUUGCGCAAAAUCACCAUCGGAUUCAUGACACGUGCGUACCGGCCAAUUUUGUUCUCACCACCGUGCAUAUGUUAGUAAAUCAGAACCAUUCUAAAUUGACAGGCGUGUGUCCGCGAUCUGCAAUCAGCAUACUACCAUGCCUCCAUUUCUCCAUAUAAGGAAACGGCUUGCCUAGAGUUGAUUCAUGAAUGAAGGAAGCGGUUACGCGAGGAGAGAAGUAGUAAAUUUCACAGUUUGUUAGAAGCGAUGGCGCCGGGUCUUAUAGGAAUGCCAUGGGUCAUUGUAAGACUGUGGAGGACACAGCACGCCAGGAUGAUCUUGCACACCUUCUCAGGGGUAUAAAGUAGUUUGCCACCAACCGUAUCUGAUCCAAACACAUCCAACGGCCCUUAAGCACGCCAAAAGUGCGCUCUACGGCGCGUGUGUGGGCAUGUAUGUUAUUAUAGCACACCUCUUGAGGGGUUUCAGGGUUUGCGUAUGGUGUCAUCAUCCAUGUUUUAAGGCCAUAUGCCCGGUCACCCAAACAAUAUAACAUUUUAACAUUAACGGAAUAGAGACUUUCUGAAAAUACUAACUUAAAACAAUUGAAAUAAAAGACUAAAACAAAAGAUACUCACCAACAAGCCAUCCACUUGUCACAGCCCCUGCCUCCAAACGCAUUCCCACUGUACUGUUUUGCAAAAUAAAUGAGUCGUGGGUGCCUCCUGGCCAGCGGGCCACAGCCUUAAGGAUAUGGCAGUCGGCAUUACAGAUCAUCUGCACGCUGAUGGAGUGAUAGUUUUUCUGUUCAUGUUAUUGUUAAUAUUUUAAUUGUCACAAUGAUGAGGGUGAACGUGUGUCAAUUUCAUGGUAAUUUAAUCCAUUUGGCCAAUAUAUUAGUAAAUUAAUUAUUUUAAAAAAUGUUAAUUAAAUCUCUUUUUCAUGAAUGUGGUUUUAUAGACUCUGCAUGUACUUAAAAGGUGUGUUUGCAUUUUCUAAGUCAGUUCGGCCUUCCUCAUUUGUGCGUACGCAUGGUCUGAGGCAGUUCUAAAUUUGUUCGCAGAGUAAGAACAAAUUCGGGUAAGAAAAUAUUGAUGAAUCCCGGAUUUGUGCGUCAAACAAUCGUACGCACAGUUUAAGCACAGAUUUGUGCGUACGCACUGUUUGUGAAUGAGGCCCAAUGUGAUUGAGAGUCAAAUUCCUCCUGCAUGUAUACAGUCAAUUGGACCGAAACUGGCCUAGGCACAUGCUCCACACUUUCCCCCCCAGGCUUUGACCCAGAGGUCAAAUAGCAUUAAACAGAAGAAGAGAAGAAAAUAAAAAAGUAAAGCGUACAGCACAGACAAAAUGUACAGAGCAUUAAAGUUGUCCACCAUGGUACCAGUGUGCCUCUAGCUAACCUUAGCUAACUAGUUUGUUGAUUGUUUGCUCUCUGACAUCAACUGGAAAAAGGUCUAGUACUAACAAGCCAGUAGGAGGCAUAUCCUCACCUGUCAUAGCAGAGUAGGACAUACUUAGGUCAAUAAAUCUAUUCCCCUCCCGUGCUUAUAUACUGGGACAAGGACAGAAGUUCAAUUAAAUGGACAAGUUGAGCCAUAACUGUCGCUCCACUUAACUGUGCAUGUUAACAUACUGAAUGUGUUGGUGAAAAAAUCCCAGGCUCAGAGGCUCAAAUGCCGCUGGGAAACACAAGCAUGUGGCUGUGUUUAGGCAACAAAACCACGUGGUUGGUUUCAGGAAAAAAACAGGGUUUGGCUUUACAACCUUACAGGAAGCAAACACUGGCCUCCUGGGUGAAAGUUGGUGGUUGUUGGACCCAUCCAUCACCCUUCCAACCCGCCCUGCUCUGACUUCCUUUCAUUGUUGUCACGCUGCAUUACCCCCCAUCAUUGUGACAUGAAAUAAAAAAUUGGUAGUGGCUUAUUUUGGUCGAUACCUUAAAGCUAUUGGGCUCUAGUUUCGCAGACCGGGCGAGGUGGGGGCGCAGCGCUUCGCCAACUGGGUGUGGCCAGGCGGAUUUUGCAAGUUUGGCACACCGUGCACGCUGGCGCAGCUACUCGUCUGUCCCACCUCCGUCCCUUCUACCUGCGCAA